AGCUUGGUUCUUUACACAACAGCAAAACUUUCUUAGCUGAGAUGGUGAAGACUAUCUUGGGACCUGUUUAGGGUUGUAAAUGGAGCUUUUAAUUUAUUGGGGUCUGUUUUGGAAAUAUUUGCUUUUAUUGGAGGCAAAACAGAAAUACAAUAUGUGCAUAUACCGUCAAUGGUCUUUGUCCUGUAAUGCUCGUACCGUCGUCGUACGUCUCACUGUCAUUUUCGAGCAUUAUCUUACUGAAAUACAAUUUCAUAUAAUAAUGUUUUCGAGAAUUUAGAAAUGUAUUAUUUCUCUAUAGUGCCCAUCACAAUCUGAGAGACCAACCAUGUGUGACUGAGUCAAAAUCAUGGUCCUGUAGUAAUUAAUACACGACGUAAGCACCUUCCUGUCCUAUUCCUUUGGGUUUGAAAGGAACGUGGUUGGGCGAAAUAAAAUUCUAAUCAAAUUAGUCGCCAAAUCUCAUUCUAAUGAUCUAAUCAAAUCUUUCUUUCCGUUUUUAGCAUGCAAAUUUGAAUUCUCGUGAAAUUAAUUCCAGUUUAAAUCUUUCAGUCCUAUUCAAGAUUCCUUUUGCGUUUAAAAAGGGAACGUUGAUUGGACGAAAUAAAUGCUAAUCAAAUUAGCCGCCGAAUCAAAUCUUUCUUUUCCUUUUUUUUACCAUACAAAUUUGAAUUCUCGUGAAAUUAAUUCAAAGCCAAUACAGUUAUUCGGCCCAACAAGGCCCAAUAAGAUUAGGAGUCGCCACGCUUCGGAAGAAAUUUCGUUUUUGUAUUAUCUUCGCCUUUAUCGUGUUGACGAAGAUCAGCCAUGGAUUCGUCUCAUUACAAUCCGAGCUACGGCCAAUGGAAUCCUCAUCUUCUUCUCCUUCCGCCGCUGCCGCCAGUGCCUCCUCCUCCUCCUCCUCCUCCUCGUGAAUCUCAUCCCUAUAGCCCUAACUUCUAUGUUCCAUCAAUCCAAAACGGUGGGCAACGUCUCCAUUAUCUUCCACCCAAGCCAGCGGUUAAUCAGCCGUCUCCCUACUACUCCCAGCAACCGCCGCCGCGACAGCAUCUUCAAUGCAUUCCUGAGAAAUUUAGCUAUGAGUCUCAAAAAGUUUCGCAGCCGUUGUCGUUUACGGAAUCUCGAGAUAUCUCUCAGUCUGUUGGGGUUGGUUACAAUGAUAGACGAAUUGAUUCAUGGAGAACGGAAUAUUCAGCUCAGGGACGGAGGGAUUCAUCAGGUGUUGGUGGCAUUAAUCGUGGUUUAGAUGGUAGUUCUUGGUCUAGAGAUGAGUUUCGUAAUCUUGGACAUUUGAGAAAAGAAUCUGGAGCAGCUUGGGUAGAGGGAAACUAUCAAGACCGUGGUCAGUUACAAGCAGAAUGUUUUAGGGGUUUAGAUGAUGGACAUAGGAGUUUAUCUUCACGUGUUGGUUAUAGCAGCGAGCGAUAUGGUGUUUCAGUGAGACGUGAUAUGAGUAGGUCAUCAGCGAGUCGUGAAGGGGCUAGAAACCUCAGGUGGGAUGAAGCGCGUAAUGGAGUGAGGGUUCUCUAUCCGGGGAGAAGGGAUGACUACUAUCAUUUAGAUCGUGGAAGGAGAGAGGGGAGCAAUGACGCAAAGAGAACACCUGAGAAACAAACGCAGAAGAAGAGUGCUCUGCUUAGGCUUGAAACUCCAAGAAGCCAUCAUAACGGUAGAGAGAAUGCUCGGAGUCGUUGUAGUUAUAGUGGGAGAAGGUUUAACUCUAAUUUGUUUAAGUGUAAAGAACACUUGGGUUAUUCUGAUCGUGGAUUGAUGGAGAAUCAAAGGGGGAGAACUUCAGUUAAUCUUGAUGUUUCGUUUCAAUCGAAUCGCUUUGUAGCUAAGCCUGUAGCUUCACCUGCCAGUGCAGGCAUCCAGCCACGCCGGUCUGUGACAUCUAGGUCUAGUAAAGCUGGAAGAGCAUUGGUGCCUGAUAAAAGUGAGAAAGCUUCAGUAACUGAAGAAAAUGGAAACAGAAGUAUACUGAAGUCUCAUGAAGAUCUGGUGGACCGAACGGGUACUGGUUGUAAAGCUCUUUUGCCGAAGGGUAUGGAGAUGGAAGGCAACGUGAAGAAGAAGACUAAUUCGUCUCCUAAGAAGUUACCUAUAUCGUGGUCAACAGUUGCUGAUCUCUCCGGGUGUUCUGAAGCAAGAAUUCGUUUUGCUGGUAUGUCCAUGUGUAAUGCUGGGUCUCAACCUUGUGAAGAUGUGGAUUUGGAUUGUUUACCAUCAAGGAAUUCAUCAGUGAUGGAUGUAAAUGCGGAAGAUGACAUCAAGGGGAUCAAUAAGAAUGCAGAUUCGUUGUCUCCUGAAAAUGACUCUCGAAGGUGUCUCCCCAAGUGUCCAGUUUCCUCUGCCUCUUUGGACAUCCCUAAUGUUUCAACCGAGCUUGCUAAUGCUCACAGUUUUACCGUUUGUACAUUUACCAAUGCCACGGUCAAUCCAUUAGUUGAGAAUGCGAAUGGUAGCAGAACAGAAUCCAUGGAAACUACAGCUCGUAAUAGUGCUGCAGAAAUGGCUGACAAUCGGGACAGUGAUAAAGGUGAAAAGGCUUGUGUAAAAGGUACUUCUUCAUCUCUUACAAAGGUUGAUGUAAAGGAUUCAUCAGUUGUGUUGCCUGUUGAAAGAACUGAUGGCUGUUCAGGUAGUGAUGAAUCAGGUUUAGCUAUGGCAGUACCAUCUGACGUAUGUAUGGAAAAUGUAAGUGCCGAGAGACUUGUGCCUGAUGAAGAUCUUGGUAUAACAUCUCAUUAUCCAGCAGAAAUUCCUUCUGUGGAUCAGUUAAGUGGUACGACUAUUAGAGGUUUGGAAGUUUGUUUACCUGAACCAGAUGUUUCUCUGAGCAAAGGUAUUACUGGUGGUUCAGCUGAGUGUCUUGUUCAGCGAGACGUUAGACAAAAAGAUUCCACUUUUUGUGAUAGUUUGCGUAGCUCGCCUCCACUGGUAACUGAAACAAAUCUUGCAGUUGGAAUUAAUGGCAUGUCUGCUAAUGAAACUGUUACUGAUGCUGAAUCUGGUCUCCAUGAAAGUCAACCAUGUUCAACAGUAUGCAAAUUCAUGCAUGAGAAAAAUAAUUGUGCUGAGAAGACUGUUGUAGAUACUCAAGAGGAGAAAACAAACCCUUAUGGUGGAACUUUGAAUUACAAAACUCCAGGAACUGAUAUUGUUGCUGUUACUGGAGAUUCAGUGUUUCCCUGUAGUUCUGUAUCCAGCUCACCGAGGCGGAGCCUCCGGCAGAUACGGAGUAAAAUUCAUGUUGUUGGUACAGUUGAUGAAACUUGCAAAGAUAAACCGAAACCUAAGCAUUAUGGUGGUACUAGUAAGUACAAAACUGGGGGAACUAAUAUUUUUGCUUUUAGUGGGGAUUCAGUUCCAUGUGGUUCUCUUUCCAACUCACCUACGCUGUACAGUCAGAUACGGAGUAAAGUUCAUGUUGCUUCUAUGGUUGAUGACACUAGCAAUUACAAAGAGAAAGCAAAGCCAUCUGGUGGAACCUCUAAGUGUAGAAUUUUAGAAAGUGAUGUAACAUUUGAUGUUGGCGGUCAAGAGAAAUACUCACUGAACAGGGUUAAGACUGACAUAUUUGACGGUGAAGUAUGGUCAUCUUUUGUAAACGUUUCUGGAGCUGAAAUUCUUGGUGAUUCAGGUGUUCCUCUGUCUAGAUCACACUCCAAUGUUAAAGAUCAUGUAAUAUCUGCCAGAGAUCUGGAUUCCCAAAGUAAGACAUCUCUAAGCUCUAGGUACGAUGUAGAAAACAUGGAAAAUAAAUCGAAUUACUCUGCUCAGAAAAGGUUUUCCCGUGCCCUGCCUUUUGUCUCUGGCCCUAAGAAAGAUGCUAACCCUCCUUGGCAUCGAAAGCCAGAUUCUUCUGCCUCUCCUUUGGUAGCUGUCAAGCCGUUGUCGUCGACUUUGUUUACACAACCGAAGUUUCCCAUAAUGACUGCUCAAUCUAGUAUUAGUUACGUACGUAAAGGGAAUAGCCUUCUUCGAAAACCCUCGUAUGGUUCUCUUGUUAAAACAGGAGAAAUAACCACUCUUGAGAGGCAGUCAAAUCCUUCCUCAGAUAGCAGCACCUCCAAAGUAUCAAAUGCCAUUAUUACUUCUUCUGGAAAAUGUCCGUUAUCUUACAGCAGGGAUCACCUCAUCUCUGGUUUACCUGAGUCUAUCAUGGACUCUGCUACAUCUGAAGAAGCCAAUGCUCCACAUUCGGGUGGAGAUGCAUCCAAGACAUCUGACAUUCAGACAAAUCAUGCUUCAGAUUGCCAGCAGAAGAGAAAUCAUCCUAAGUUGGAUUCUUCACAUUUGAAGAGGACGGUAUAUGUCAAAAAGAAGGCAAAUCAGUUGAUUGCAGCUUCAGAUAUUCAUGGUGCAGUUAAGGGCCAGAUUCCUACCUCUGAUGGCUAUUUCAAGCAAAGUAAAAAUCAGCUAGUAAGGACUUCAGCGAGCUGUGUCAGUCACUCACCUGAUGAUUCAUUAGAUUCACAAGCCGCUACAACCAUGGUUUCGAAAAGAUCAUCUAGCGCAGCUUUCUCCGAUUCUGCUGUCACGAGACCAUAUAAGCGGUCAAAAUUUUCUCUGGUUUGGACGCAAAAUGAUCCACAGUCAAGAUUGCGCACGAGUCACAUGCGCUAUCAGAGGAUCUUGCCGCAGCUUGUUCCUUGGAAAAGAGUGACAUACUGGAGAAGACUAAUGAAUUCAGUCUCCGGCUCUGCUUUCCGAAAUGGUUCUUUUUCCAAGAGCAGCCAAAAAUUGUCCAUGAUGAGGAAGACACAUACGAUUUAUACAAGAUCAACUAAUGGGUAUUCACUUAGAAAAUCCAAGGUAUUAAGUCUUGGUGGUUCGCAUUUGAAAUGGUCCAAGUCCAUUGAGAGAGACUCGAGAAAAGCUAAUGAGGAAGCUACCUUGACUGCGGCUGAAUUUUCGAAGAAAGAAAGUGAAAAGCAUUCUGGACAAAGUACUACUAGGAUAACAAGCAGAAACCAUCUGACACGGGAGCGUGUUUUCAGGAUUGGUUCCCUUCGUUAUAAAAUGGAUUCUUCAAGCCGAACUCUUCAGAGAAUAUCUGAUGAUGAUUCACCGUGCUCUGGACUUGCUGAAAAUGGGAAAGACGCAAAAAGACCACCGUUCAUUCCAAAGAGAUUGGUGAUAGGCAAUGAAGAAUAUGUUCGUGUGGGAAACGGUAACCAGCUUGUCAGAGAUCCAAAGAAACGAACUCGUGAGUUGGCUAAUGAGAAGGUCAGAUGGAGCCUGCACAAUGUUCGCUUUCGGUCGGCUAAAAAUAAGAAGUACUGCCAGUUCUUCACAAGAUUCGGGAAAUGCAGCAAAGAUAACGGGAAGUGUCCCUAUGUUCAUGACCCCUCGAAAAUUGCGGUUUGCACCAAAUUUUUGAAUGGGUUGUGUGCCAAUGAAAAUUGCAAAUUGACUCACAAGGUCAUUCCAGCAAGGAUGCCUGAUUGUUCUUAUUUUCUGCAAGGCUUAUGCAACAGUGAUGCGUGUCCGUAUAGGCAUGUGCAUGUCAACCCGAGUGCAGCUAUAUGUGAUGGGUUCCUAAAAGGAUACUGUUCAGACGGUGACGAGUGUCGGAAGAAGCAUUCCUACACCUGCCCAGUAUUCGAAGCCACUGGAUUAUGCUCUCAAGGAUCGAAAUGCAAGCUCCACCACCCCAAGAACCAAAGCAAAGGAAGAAAGAGGAAAAGACCAGCCGAGCCAUCAGAGAAAAGUUUCCGUGGGCGUUACUUUGGCUCGCGUCACAAAGUCUUUUCUGAGUCUGAGCCAAUGGUAGUGGAUAGACGUCCUACUAACAGUGCAGAUUUUGGAAUAGAAGAAGGCCUUGACUUCAUAUUCCUUGGCGAUACCGAGUAUGAAGCAGGUGAUAACAGUGAUCUAGCCGCCGAGGAAUCUGUCUCCAGUGCUAGUGAAGAACCGGUUUCAGUUUACAAUCUAAUCAGACCAGUGGCUUUGAUGCAGUAAGAAGCAAGUAUCAGUUUUGGGUGACUACUACAAAGGUAAGCUUUCUCUGUUAGAAAGACAGUGUCUUUUGUCUAAUACGUUAACUUGUAGCUUUUUAGGGAGUUAGUUUAGCUUUUGUUCUCUUCUCGAUUUGUACAUUGUUAUUUAUCUGUAAACGAUCCAAAUUGGAAUACAUUUGUUUUUGUUGGUCUAUCUUCUC